AUGAGUGGGUUGGAUCCUUAUGAUUUGCAUAACAUUGACAGUAUGGAUGUUAGGUUUGACCAACCACUAAGGGUGCCUGGAGGAGAUAUCUACGACACAGUAGAUGCUGUAACUCAACCUUUGUGUGGGGACGAGCCUCUACCCUACUUCGAUUCUGAUUAUUCGUUUCACAACUCCAGCUUUGAACAUUCUGAUUCUUAUCUACAGAGCGCUAUUGUUCUGCUAAUUUAUGGAUUUCGGUGGUGGGUUGACAACAUUGCUUGUGUGUUUCUGGAUUUGGUUCGCUCACGGUCGGAAUCGCAGCAAGGGUGUGUUAUGGACGUGUCCCCCGAUGGGACUAAGUUUUGGACGCCUUCGUGUGAUGCGGCGGUUAGGCCUUUUGAGGGGCAGACUUUUCCUUCUCUCGCUCACGGUAUUGAUUUUUAUCGUCAGUAUGCGUCGCUCGUUGGUUUUGAUGUACGUUGUAGUUCGUUGCGUAGGAAUAGGGAGGGUGUUGCCGUGAAAGACUUGUUGGUUUGUUCGCGUGAGGGCUUCAAGCAGGCGGUGCAGGGCUCUGUUGUUGUGGAUGCUGCGUUGGAUCAAGCACCUGUGGCUCCGAAGCGCCGGCGUGUUUCAAAUAGGGUGGGGUGCAGAGCGAGGUUGGUGUUGAAGAUGGGUGACGAUGGGGUUUUUGUGGUUCAUUUCAUUGAGCUACGGCAUAAUCAUUGUUUGUGCUCGGAUGUGGCUAAGCCUUUCUUGCGGGGUAAUCGUUCCAUGGAUGUGCAACAUCAGAUUUUUGUGCUUAAGUGUGCUAGGGCCAACGUUGGGCCCAAUAGGUCGUUUCGUUUGGCUAGGGAGUUUGCUGGGUCGUAUUCAAAUGUUGGUGCGACAUGUGUCGAUUUUAAAAAUUUGAAGCGUGAUUUAAUGGCAUUUAUUAGAACGUCAGAUGCUCAUAUUGUUGUGAAAAAAUAUGCUAAGAAGGUAGAUGAUUGCCCGGAUUAUGUCUUUAGAUAUGAUGUUGAUUCUCAGGAUCAGUUAUGUAGGGCUUUUUGGACUGACCCUAUUGCGAAGGAAAAUUUUUUAGCUUUUGGAGAGGUGGUGUCGUUUGAUGCAACCUAUGGGACUAAUAGGUAUGGUAUGGUGUUGGUCCCGUUUACUGGUGUUGAUAAUCACAAGAGAGGUGUCACAUUUGCAAUGGGGUUGAUUUCCCGUGAAGAUGUGGACUCUUACGUGUGGCUUCUCCAGCAAUUUAAAAGUGCAAUGAGUUGUGUGCCUAGUUGCACUAUCACUGAUCAAGAUCCUUCGAUGCGGGUUGCAGUCCCUCAGGUGUUUGAUACUACGCGGCACAGGUUUUGUAUGUGGCAUAUUAUGUCAAAGGUUGGCGAGAAGGUUGGUAAUGUUCUAUCUAAAGAUGAAGAGUUUCGGCGCGCGUUGAAUGAUGUUGUUUGGUGUGAGACGUCGUCUGUGGAGGAGUUUGAGCGGGGUUGGCAGGACGUUAUGAAAAAGCAUAGCCUUGGUGACCACCGAUGGUUUCGUCUUAUGUAUGAUCUGAGAUCGUAUUGGAUCCCUGCGUAUUUUAAUGAUAUUUUCAUGGGUGGAUUGCUUCGCACGACAUCGAGGUCCGAAGCUGCGAAUAGUGUGUUUGGUAGUUGCACAAACCAGCAUGCUAGUUUGUCUGAGUUGUUCAACAAUUUUGAAGGGGCUAUUGAUGCUCAACGUUUGGCGCAAGCCAAACUAAAUGCCGAGUGUGAGGGUCAUUUUCCUUUGUGCUAG